AAAAAUGAGACAGGUGUUACUUUUCUUCGGAAAUAUGCCGACUAUAUAGCUUCUUCUCAGAUUGCGCAGUUGGGGUGACCAAGCAGCAUGUUCACCCGCAGCGUCCUCAACAAUGGGCUGAGCUUUCCAUUAGUGGCAGCCAUGGUCGCCCAGACCGCUAUCCUCGGUUUUGGAUGGGGCUUCAUGGGCGCCCUCUCGUAUUUUCAGUACAUAGCCCUCCCGGAUUGGGCAGUCAGAUUAAUUGUCGAGUACCCUACGGCCCUGACUUUAGUGAUAUCUCUAAUUUCCACUGUAUUGUCCGUAAUCACGACAAGGUCGGUUCAUCAGGAAUGAAUCUUGUGCGAGACCGAGACUCCGAGGCAUGACCCGGCCAAAAUAAUCUCACUGUACGGCCUCCGCGUUACAAUUGCACUGACAAAGCCAACUUUCGUCGUCUGCAGAGACAAGGGAGCACU